UUGGAAUUUUGGAUGAAAAAUGCUUGCAAAGCUGAUGUAUGGUCGAAAGUAAUUAAUCAUAUGACGGUUACACUUGCUGAGCACGAUUUAUCACCUAUUGAUAUCAAAAAAUGUAAAACAAAAAUGGAAGCACUGAAACGGCAUUAUAAAGGUCUUAAAGAUAAUAAUAAAAAGUCUGGGAACCAAAAAAUUACUUGGCCUUACUAUGAUGAAACGGAAGAACUAUUUGGUGAGCAGCCAUGGAUUAAACCGUUGUCCACUGCAGGUUCUAACAUUGAAAACACAAUGGAUUCUGAAGUUAUAAACCCACCAUCGAAACGCCAAAAAAAGUUGGCAGAUUAUUGUGAACAAUUACUAGAAGAAAAAAAAGAGAAUCGUGCAAUUCGCAUACAACAUCACCAAGAAAAAAUCGCUGCUACAAAUCAAUUAACAGAUGUUCUAAGAGAGCUUAUAGGUCAUGCAACACAAAAACGGCAAAGUUGAUUAUAUUUAAAACUAAGUAAUUUUAGUGCAAAUAUUUUUUAUGAUUAUUUUAAUAUGAUUAAAAAUGUUACAGACAAUUUAUAUUUU